CACAGGGACCUCCACGACAUGUCCAGCCUGCUCUUUGCCAGGAAACUGUAGAGAGACCGUUUGUCCUCCCGCCAAGGACUCCUGCUUGUUCCGCCAGAUGCAGCUGGAGAAUGGGACUCUCAUCAAGAACGGGUCGUGUGUGGCCCCGAAGGAAUGCCCAGAAGGUGUCUACGCCCUGACCUAUGCCCCCAACUCGAGUCUCAGCACAGCCUGUUGUGACAACAACUGCAGCAGGGUUGCACGACCAGAGGAAGCCCAGCCCAACGGGGUGAAGUGUCACUACUGCUCUGGGAAUAAGCCAGCCCCAUGUGACUCCCUGUCAGUCAUGAGCUGCACCGGACACCAGACUGCGUGUGUCACCCUCAAAGGCACAUGGAAUCGAGAUACCCGAGCAACUUCGACCCACAGCAAGGCUAAGGCCACCACCUGUUUCACCUGCUCGGACAGCGACCAUUGCCACCCUUUCUCCUGCCCGGCAGAGAGGAGCUACUGCCUUCAGACGGCGGGCAUCCUGGCCUUAGGGGAAGGUGACUCUGUCGCCUGGAGAAACGGUUCCUGCGUGGCCUCCAAGGACUGCAGAUUUGACAGCCCCAUCUCUGCCCUGACCUACAGCAUCGGCUUCGGCUUCUGGGUCAACACCACCUGCUGCCAAGGCAGCUGCCAGGAGCCCCCUCCUCCGGCAACGCUGCCGGCCUCGCGCACCCUGAGCAAGUUCCUGUGUCCUAUAUGUGCUGACAGCCACCUGGGGCUCUGCAACUCCUCCUUGUACAUGCAGUGUCCCAGUGGGGAGACCACGUGUGUCCAGCUGGACCUGGUGUCUGAAGAAGGCGGCAGGAACCUGAGCGUGCGGGGCUGCGGAUCCCGCGACCUGUGCAGUGCCCCCCACGGGACGGAGGGGCUCCGGGCGCUCCCCGGCCACCGGCUCGCCCGCAGGCCCGACUGCAGCUCCAGCAAACGCGCGGUCAUCGACUCCUCGAGCUCGUUGGCGCAGGGCCCCGGCCUGGCCCUGCCCGCGCUGGUGGCGCUGGUCGCCCGCGCCCUCGCCUAGCACCCCGCCCGGCCGCUCGCCCGGAGCCCCCGCUGGUUCCGCUCGUCGCUAGGGGGCACCCGGGCUCCCUCUGCCAGGACUUGCCAGGGGCCCAGAAGCUGGUGAAUCAAUCAAGGGGCGAACCUCCUCCCCCAGGCCAGGCCUCUUCCUCCAGGGGGGCCCCCCAACACCAGGCCACCCCCAGGCUGUCUGGGAAACAGCCCCUCCUCCUCUGCCUCCCUCUUUAGGGUCUAGCCACGUCCUGGGCAGCCACGGUGGGGCUUGAGGACCCAGUGCACCCCCUUUCCAGGCCUUUACAGCUCCCUCCGCCCACCACGGCCCCUCUGUCUGGGCUCCGUGUCCCACUGUCGCAGAUCUGAAUGAAUCUCAUCGCACAAA